AUGCGCCGUCGAACGCCCUGGUGGAUCUUUAACGCGUCCGAUGGGGUUGGCAGAGCCCGUGAAAGGCGACGCCCGCCCCUGUUGGAGUCUCGGCGCGAUUUAAAAACCCUAGACGUGCGCGAAUAUCGCCCAUUGGGCACCCCGAUUGAGUUUCGCUUCUACCAACGCUACACCAACCACCCGAAUCGGCAGUCCGGCAUUCAAUUUCUCACCCACUACAACACCCACCAGCGCUUUCGCGUGAAGAAGGACUACAUCGAUUAUAUGAAUUGGGGAAAAGAGCAAGGCCAGGCCCGACUACCGCACCGCCAUCAACGCGUCGCCUUCGACUUCCACGACAGCCUCCACCCCACCCUUGGCGAUGACGAAAAUAUGGAGUGGUUUCGCACCCAAGACCCCACCAUGGGCCGCCAUCCCGACCUCUCCCCGAGCUUCGACCCGAACCAAAAAGUCUUCUCCCACCCCGAGCACUGGAAUAAGAUGUUCUCCAAGCGCCGCCCGGGCGAGGGGGAGAUCAAACUCAACGUUUUGGACUCCCAAAGUCUUCUGGGCCCUUUGGUGACCCAAACCGAUACGCCGUCGAUCGCCUACUUCCACACGUCCACCCAAGCCCCCUCCUACGGCAAAGUUCCCGGCCUCAACAGUCCUUUUUUAGGGGAAAUGGAUCGCCAGAUGAUGCAGGCCAUGUCCUAUUCCUUAAACAAAUACAACACCCUCACCGCGAACGACGGGCGAUUCUCCAAAACGAUUUUUAUCAACGACCCCAAACGUGAUCAAUGUUUAUCCGGCAAACUCGCGAAGCAUCUCAAUCGGGUGCUCGACCAAACCACCAACGCCGUUUACAGCAAAUUGACCGUCCUCACCGCGGCCCAGUCGGGCCGGACGGAGUUCUUCUGCGGCGGCCUCGACCUCGAGGAGGUGGGGCUGGGGAUGAGUUUGGCGGCUGACCUUCGCGCGCGCGCGAGGGAAUUAGGGGGGGGGACGUCCUCGCGCUGGAGCCGCCUCUGGCGGAUGGAAAUCCUUCCCAAAAUGGCCCACGGGAGGGGGAACGAACCCCCCCGGGGAUUGCGCCCGAUUUACCGGAUGAGGGUUCUUCGCGGGAUCUCACACGGGAUAGGACGCCUUCCGAAGCAGCAACAACCCCCUGGGGAGUUGAACAAACUUUACCAGAUGAGGGUUCUGCGCACGAUUCCGCAGGGGAUACGACGUCCUCCGCGGCUUUCGCAAAGGCCGCGGAGGUCCAACGGCUCCUGCAGGAUGCGGAUCGCUAUGUGGACCGCGUGGACGACGCCCUCCGGGCCCACGCGGCCCUGA